CUCUUCUACCUCUCAUAUCACCAAGGAGGAACCCGGUAGAAGAGAGAACAGACAGAGAGAGGCAAUAAACAAGAAGCUCAAAAGCAUCCACCUGACAUUAAUUGAAGAACAGAAGGAAGCAAAAAGAAAAAAAUGGCAGUCGCUAAAGGAGCGUGCCUGAACCACAUAUCUCGAGAAUCAUCAGAUAUAAGAAGGCUUGCCAAUUUCUACAAAGACAUAUUUGGUUUUGAAGAGAUAGAGAGCCCAAAGUUCGAGUUCAAGGUUAUAUGGCUUAAGAUCUCUCCAGAUCUCGCUCUCCACUUAAUCGAGAGGAGCCCAGAUACCAAGCUUCCUGAAGGACCCUACAGUGCAUCGUCACCGGUUCUUGAUCCUACCCAUCUCCCUAGAGGACAUCAUGUCUGCUUCUCUGUCUCCAAUUUUGACUCCCUUGUCCAAUCUCUCAAGGACAAGGGAAUAGAAACGUUUCAGAGGUCUGUACCUAAUCGGCCAAUUAGGCAGGUCUUCUUCUUUGAUCCAGAUGGUAAUGGAUUGGAGGUUGCAAGUCGUGAUGAAUAGGGUUGCUCUCUACUUGUGAGUAUGGUUAAAUGCUGGUAGGACUACGAGGGGAAACAUAAAUAAAAUGUAAUAAAAGUCCCAUAUUUACAUGCAGAUAGUAGUAACUCUUAUGAUCAUGCAUUAUUGAAGUUCUGGAUCCUUGUAAGUUUUCCUUCCUCUUAAAUAUGUAUCGGUUAGCAUUUGAAUA